GCACUACCAUGGCUAUCCAAACCACAGUGGAAUUAAUAGCCAUUGGGCUGAUUUCCGGUCAAUGAUGGCCUCGUGCAUGCAUAUGUGGUGGCUGGGUUGAUCUCUCUGCAGGAGCAAGAGAAAUGCUAACAAUCAGACCGAACCAGCUGUCUCGCUGCGUAAGGCAGUGCAGCACAAGGCUGGCGAGGCUGAAUCCCACCAAGCCGUACAUGGAAGCUUUUAAUUAAUUGUGCCUUUGCCCGGUCUCCCAAGAGCUGAAUUGUACUGCCUCACCUUUGCAUAUCCGAUACCGACUCGAGAUGGACUCGGCACUCAUACCUAGCCAGUCCGGACCAGUUUUCAGCCAACAGGGAACCGUGGAUUGGACUCAACUUGCCAAUUCUAGCGUCACUUUCUCACUAGGUGUACUAUCGAGAUUGUCCCAGGCUGGCAUUGAACCUUUCACGCUCGCCGUCGGACAAGCGAUAUUUUCACGCUUCCCACUACCGCCAGAAACACAACAGAAAAUCCAUGAAACGUUGGCCAAUCUCAAGCCAUUCUCAUCAUAUGACAACGUCCUAUGGUUUGGAUUCGGCAUCAAGCAUGUGGCAAGAUUGUUGGCUGAGUCUGAGCAAGGAAUUGCCUGCAUUGCACUGUGCGGCAGCCUUUCUGCUUCCUACGACAAAUUUUACUGUGCCCAGGUGCUACGUUCAAUGACCAAGAUCCAGUGCGCGCCUGGAAAUUUAAGUCCCUCGAUUUCGCAGUGGUCGAGCCUUGUUGAUGUUUGCUCUGGAACCCUAGUGUCUUCAGAGUUCCCAAAUAUAGUCGAAGGGUUUUGUCGGCUUUGGUACGAUUAUCAGAACGAACAUAUCUGGAAAAUACGGGCCGCAACACCCCCUCAUGCUUUGGGUAAGGCACUAUCAACCAUAGCAGCUGUUGCAAGUGGAGAACUCCAUAGUGCAACAUUUAUUGGUGGUGUAGAUUGUGCGUGGAUAGCGGCCAUUGCAGAGUGGGUGCUCUGUCUAACAGUGGAGGUUCAAGAUGCAAAAUCUGGCCAUUGUUUAUAUCAGAAAAUAAACAAUCCCGAGCAUGAAGUCCCGCAGGUCCUGAUAUUGCGGAAUCUCGAUGAACAGGGCUCUGUGAUGCGCCUCAAGGACAAAAUGUGCUUUCUUCCUAGCGGGACCGACAUAUUUAACGCGCAUUCUGGAAAUGGAGAGAGUGUUUUCGCAGCAGGUCGUUCAUCAUGGAACAAAAUUCUAUCUGAUACAUUCUCUGGUGACGCACUGCGGCGUUUAUUUUCUUCUAAAGCUGGAUCUGCCUUUGCAUAUUUGCUUCAUUCAGCCGCGGAGGAUAUAUACCAGCAGCAGGAUGGCAGGAAUGUCUUAGAGCUCCUUCCAGAGCUUGAAGAUGUCCUAUAUCGCCCUCAAAAGCCUGAUCAGACCAUUGAAACCGCUGAAAAGUCCAUUCGGUCAGCUUGUGGUUGCGAGGGAUGUAUUGGCAGAGCGCAUGUUUUCAGGAGACACCGUGGGGGGCUUUGUAUUUUCCACAUAAGUCUCACGAUCACCCACUAUGUUUGGAUACUUGGACAUGUGCAGUGCUAUGGAGACAUUUCGCCAUCUCCGUCUGGGCUCCAGCAACUUUACCUUUUGGUUAUAGACCUGGGAAUUAAAAGCACGGGGGCUAGUAUUAUUUCACAGAACUACAAAAACAAUGUCCUUGCAAACAUAUUGCGUGUCAUGACUGGGAUCCCGGCUGUGGAAUCAUCCAGUCUCGACGCAUCGGCAAUAUCCGAGUCUGGGAUGUCCAUCUGUUGUGCCACUCUUCUGGAGCCUAGUUUGCUACCAACAGGAAAGGCGCCAUUUUGUCUAAUCCCAGGGCAUAUCCAGAAGGAUGGCGCAUUGUUUAGGGAAGUGUAUGAUCUUGAUUCAAAAGGUAUGCGGCUUGGGGAAGAUACUGUCAUGAAGUUAACAUUCGACGAAAAAUUACGGAUAAUCACGAGUAUUCGGCAGAGCAAGUCUCGUCCUGAACUCCUAGUCAAGGAGACCAUCGAAGGCCGGAGAUUGCAGGCGAAUUACUCCUGGCAAUAUACACUCUUCAACGAUUAUAUGCCAAAAGAUCAUCACCGUGGUGCCCCAAAAUCGUCGAGGAUGUUAGUUACUGCUUUUGGAAGCGCAGACCUUCAACGGCGCAUUUUCGAAGACAUAUCACUCCCACGUUGCGACCGUAAGCAGUUAAAUGUCGUCGUACCCGGCGAUAAAAGCUAUUCGGGGACUUGCUGCAGAAUUAUGGAAGACAUCCAGAGGCAGAUGGACCUUUCUUCGACCUUUCUUCCGCGACCAGGAGAUUGGAUCCUCUUGGAUGUCGGCAAACGCAGACAACCCGGGGUAUAUGACGGGGAAGAGUUCCCAACAAAAGUCUAUCUGGGGUCUAUUAUAGAGCUCUACACGCUCCUCUGCAAUAGAGAACCGGGCAAGAAUUUGAAACUUGCGCGCACAUCGAACUGUUUAUUCUGUACGUGUGGGUGGGAGGCGCGUACAAUCAUGCUUGCUUCUGAUCGGAUGGCGACGGCUCCAACAGAACGUGUUUUCGCAGAUGAUAUCACAGUUAUCGAACCUGCAGAUCAGGAAGCCCAGACGGUGAACCAUGUAGACACUGGAGAUUGUAAUCAUCAAGGUGUCAAUGGUAUCGCAUCACCACCACCACAGUCUCCACGACCCAAAACAAGACCCGCAAAGAGGAAGAAUGCCAGAGAGACACGCGGGAGCAGGAAACGGAAAGGUGCUUCUAAGUGAAAAACAUGGUUUGAUAUAUAUGUCAUUACUAUAGAUUGACUGUUACUUAUUUCGGGCUAUCCUCCCUAAUAUAAUUCAAAAUCGAGCUC